AUGAGUAUAGAAGAAGAAAACCCUGAAUCCUUUGAGAAAGCACUGACGAAGGAUGAAAUGGAUAAAGAAGCAUUGUAUAUGCAAAGGAAAAAACAUAAAGUUUUGACUGCGGCUGUGAACUCGUGCUGCCAUUGAGCUUUAAUUAUUGCAAUUAUUGUGAUUUUGGUGUCGCAUUGAGGGGAUGAAUGUGAUCAGCCUAUUCGUGCGUGGCUGAUAGUAUAUGCAGCGUUUUCAGGAUUUGGGACAUCGUUUGCACUGCUAUUUGAAUUGAUUAUUCAUGAAAAACUGCUGGAAAGGGUUUGAGUUCAUAUUCUAUAUGUUUCAUUUUAUAUUCUUAACAAUAUAGAAUGCACUUAACCUAUAAUUCGUCAAUUUUUCCACAAUAAAUAAUUAUUGAUUUUAUAGUAAUUUGGCUAUAUUUUUUUAUUUUUGUCGAAAAAAGGGCCGUAAUAAAUUUUAAAUAAAAAAUUGCCUAUUAAAAUUAUAUUUAUAAUGCAUAGGCAUACACUGUCAAUUCUUUUCUUUAUUACUUGGCUGAUUUUAGGGACAAUCUGGAUAUGAUGGGACGACUCUUGCCAAGAAAGUAAUUUCUAAUUAGAAUUUUGAACUGCUUGGGCAUUAACCAUUGCAAUUCUUGCAGUACAGUAUUUUAUGCUAAUCGUAUGUGGGUGUUCUGGUCUUUUUGCAGUAAUUAUGGUGGUUUGUUUAGGGAAAGGCAGAAUUAUCAUCAAAAAAAAGUCCUUGACCCAAAAUUCGGAAUCAUAA